CAGUCUCCCGUUCGCUGCGGGUUAGGCGGUGCGCGUGGAUCGCAGAGCCCUCGGGCGGGCUGGCAGCCACCAUUGCGUUUCCAGAACAGUUACACAAUCCUGGACACGCAGGGCUAGACGGGGCCUCCAGCCAAGCUUGAAUACUAAAACCUCAGAAAUAGUGAAGAAAAUGGUUGCUGAAAAAAAUACAGGAGAACUACAAAAAUGUUUUGGUUCACGGAUGGAGUUUGGGACAGCAGGGCUCAGAGCAGCCAUGGGGGCAGGAAUUUCUCAGAUGAAUGACUUGACUAUUAUCCAGACAACUCAGGGAUUUUGCAGGUACCUUGAGAAGAACUUCAGUGAUUUAAAGAAAAGAGGGGUAGUAAUUGGUUUUGAUGCUCGUGCCCAUACUUCAAGUGGAAGUAGCAGCAAAAGGUUUGCACGGCUUGCUGCAACAACUUUUAUCAGUCAGGGAAUUCCCGUAUAUCUCUUCUCCAGUAUAACCCCUACACCUUUUGUGCCCUACACAAUAACUCACCUGAAACUUUCUGCUGGAAUUAUGAUUACUGCUUCCCAUAACCCAAAACAAGAUAAUGGUUACAAGGUGUAUUGGGAAAAUGGUGCACAGAUAACAUCACCUCAUGACAAAGGAAUCUCUCAAACUAUUGAAGACAACCAAGAGCCAUGGCCUCAGGCUUGGGAUGACAGUCUGAUUGACAGCAGUUUGCUACUUCAUGAUCCAUAUGUCACUAUCAAUAAGGACUACUUUAAAGACAUACAAAAGCACUGCUUUCACAGGAAUAUAAACAAGGAAACAAAGCUGAAGUUCAUCCACACUUCUGUGCAUGGGGUAGGCCAUGAAUUUGUGCAAUCAGCCUUUAAAGCAUUUGACUUUAAACAUCCAUUUGCUGUUCCUGAACAGAAAGAUCCUGAUCCAGAAUUUCCAACAGUCAAGUACCCAAAUCCCGAAGAGGGUAAAGAUGUACUGAUAUUAUCUUUUGCUUUGGCUGAAAAAGAAGGGGCUGGAAUUAUCUUAGCAAAUGACCCAGAUGCUGAUAGACUCCUUGUUGCAGAGAAACAAGAAAGUGGUGAGUGGAAAGUGUUUUCUGGCAAUGAGUUGGGUGCUCUCUUAGGAUGGUGGAUCUUCACUUGCUGGAAAAAUCAGAAUCAAGAUCCUAGUGCCAUCAAAGAUGUGUACAUGUUGUCCAGCACGGUAUCUUCCAAAAUCUUGAGAGCAAUUGCUCUGAAGGAAGGCUUUCACUUUGAGGAGACAUUGACAGGUUUCAAGUGGAUGGGAAAUCGAGCCAAGCAGCUCAUGGACCAGGGGAAAACUGUUUUAUUUGCAUUUGAAGAAGCAAUAGGAUAUAUGUGCAGCCCUGUUGUCCUGGACAAAGAUGGUGUCAGUGCUGCUGUAAUAACUGCAGAGAUGUCUAGUUGGCUAGCAACUAAGAAUUUGUCUUUGUCUCAGCAGCUGAAAGCUAUAUAUGAAGAGUAUGGCUACCACAUUACCAAAGCUUCAUAUUUCAUCUGCCAUGAUCCUAAGGUUAUUAAAGAUCUAUUUGAGAAUCUUAGAAAUUUUGAUGGAAAGAACACUUAUCCAAAAUCAUGUGGCAAAUUUAAAGUUUCUGGAGUAAGGGAUCUAACUACUGGCUAUGAUAACAGCCAGCCUGAUCAAAAGGCUGUGCUUCCUACCAGUAAAAGUAGCCAAAUGAUAACAUUUACUUUCGCUAAUGGAGGGGUGGCUACUAUGAGGACCAGUGGCACAGAACCAAAAAUCAAAUACUAUUCUGAACUGUGCGCGCCUCCUGGAAACAGUGACCUGGACCAACUGAAGAAUGAAUUAGAUGAGCUGGUCAGUGCUAUUGAAGAGUAUUUCUUUCAACCAAAAAAAUAUAAACUGCAGCCCAAGACAGAGUAAAACAACUGUAGCUGGUUUCUUUAAUUGCACUUUCCUUUGCGGUGUGUUUUGAGCAAAACUCUACACUAUUUAAAAACUAGGGCAUUUUAAGGACCAAAAGGAAAGUUUAGAAUUUAUUUCCUUACCAAGAUGUUCCUCCUCCUCUUUGUUCUGUUUUCUCUUAUCUUCAUAAAGCAAGGGUUUCCUUUUGAAAACUAUCAACUAAAAGUUGUCUGAUGCAGUUAUGUUUCAAUAAUCAAGUCUUGUUCUAAUAAAAUAUGUUGUUAUACUU